GCCAAGGUGAUAACCAAGGUUCAGGAAAUGGAUCUAAUAGCAAUGGUGAUAACCAAUGUUCAGAAAACGGAUCCAAUGGCAAUGGUGUGAAUAAGAAACACAGUGGUGAAGGUCAAGGCCAAAAUGAUAACCAAGAAUCAACUUUAGAUUUCGUAUUACCUUGGAUAUUGAUCGGUUAA